UGAAAAAAAAAAAAAAAAAAAAAAAGCAUUUGCAACGGCACCCUGCGGCCUCGACCUAUUCGCCAAGUAGAAAUCCCAGGGGGGAACUAGGGUUUUCACAAUUGGCUGCUCCAAAUCUCUAAGACUUCAUUGAAAAUGGACGACAAAGCCACAGUCGCCAUAGGCGGAGGCGCGUCUCUGAUAAGAAACUUGGCUUCCUGCAGCAAGACCACCAGAGACAGAGCUCUGAAGCUCGUUCUCAAGACUUGGCUUCCUUCUCAGAAACCGAACCAAGUCUCCGACGAUGACAUGAAGAAGCUCUGGAAGGGACUCUUCUACUGCGUUUGGCACGCCGACAAAGCCCCUGUCCAGUCCGACCUCAUAUACCGACUCUCCUCUCUCCUCCUCACCCUCGAUCUCCCUCUCUCUCUCCACUACCUCUCCGUCUUCUUCCUCACCAUGCGUCGCGAGUGGACCGGUAUCGAUUCCCUCAGGUUAGACAAGUUCUAUCUCUUGAUUCGCCGUUUCAUACACUCUUCUUUCCUUUUGUUGAAGAACAAUCACUGUUGGGAUUUGGAGCAUUCGCGUCGAUUAAUGCGGGUUUUUGAAGAUAAAUUGUUUUUCGCUGAUGAUAAAUUUCUUGGGAACGGUGUUAAUUAUCAUAUUGCUUCCAUUUUUCUUGAAGAACUUGAGGGUUUUCUUCCGAUUAGGUCUGAAACCCUUGACGUUAUAUUCAAACCUUUUCUUCUUGUGAUGAGUAAGUGUCAGGAUAAGGUGUUGUUGGGUAAAGUUAAGUGUAAUAUGUUUGAUGAAUUGUUGAAAUUGGGGAGGAGUCUGUUGGAGCUCAAGAAAUUGGGAGCUGCUGAUUCCGGGGACGAUAGAGUUGUAGCGCUUGGGACGAUAGCAUUGACAAUGGGGUUUUCUGCAAAGUUUUAUGAUUUGGGUUCAGCCCCUGAUUGCUUACAGGGAAACCGGAAGGUUCUGUUUGGUUUGCAUGAGGUUUUCUUGAGAUUGGAGAAAGAUUUAGCUUUGUCUGGGAUUGAGAUUUCAAUUCCUGAUGUUGUUGUUGACGGUGAAGAUGAGGUCCCGAAAUUGAUCCCUAUUGUUACUGAGACAGAAUUAACUGCUUCUGAGGUUGUUUUGGAACCAACUGAAAUUGCCUCUGAAGAUGCAAAUGGGUCUGCCAGUAGGCCUUUGAAGAAGAAAAAAAAGGUGAAGAAGGCAUCUGAUAGAAGCAAUGACAAGGCUAUGAAGAAGAAGAAGAAGAAUAAGGGGCUUUCUGAACAAUGCCCAGCGGAGGUGGAGGAAGGGAGUGCAAUUAUUGCCAAUGGGGAGAGUUUCAGCAAUGGAACAGCUAGUGAUGAGACUAACUUAAUUUUUAAUGAGUCUGUCAUUUCGAAUCUUCAAAUGCAGUUUGAGAAGGUUGCUGCCGAAAUUGCCUUGGAUAAGGAUGGUUUGAGUUCAUAUGAUUCACCUGAGAAUACUAUUAAAACUAUCAUCUCUAAGAAGAGAAAGAGAGUGAGGAGUAAGGAUGGACAGGACACCAGAAAUCAAGAUCCAAUUAGUGAAGAAAAUGCUGGAUGUGAUGCUGCAGCGAUGAGUAUGGAGAAGAGUGCAAAGAAGGUAAGGUUUUCCAUGAAGAAUAAUUUGGUGUGGAAGCCACACAAUCCAUUGCCUCCCCAGAGUCUGAGGUUACCACCCUCGGUUACUCCUAGAGGUAGUGCACUUAAGAAAGGAAUACCUCCAGGUCCCAUCAAGGAGAUGCUUCCUUUGACAAAAAGGGUCAAGCAGAAGAAGAGGAAGGGCCGGAAGGGAAUAAAAACAAUCUCCCCUGCCAUCAAACGAUUGAGGAAGUUACAAACUCUUUCAAUUUAAAACACAUUUCAGGUUGUGGGUUUUUGCUGCUUUCAUAUUUGUUUUUCAUUUUUGCUAUGGUUGAGAAUUUCAUAUUCAGUACCUUUCAGCUAGCUUAUUUUGGAUUGUAAUUCUAAACCUCAUUGCAAUAUCAUUCUCAAUUCCUUUCUCAAAGUAAAAGAAAGAAUAUUUCGAGUCA